AUGGGCCAGAGCAUCACGCUCUUCGAUUUCAACUUCGGGAACACCAACGUGAACUGGCCCGAGCCCGUGAAGACCGUCGUCCAGUAUGGCCUGGCUCCAAUCCGCGCCAUCGUGGACAUCGGCCGUGAGGUGGCGGGCUGUGUUACGGCUGGUGGCGUCAGCGACGUUUUCGGCUGCUUCGGGAACAAGCUGCUAGAGGUGGUGCCACCUCUUAGCUUCCUGACCCGUAUAGGCGACAUGCUCACCGAGUUUGUUGAGGUCUUUGCACGCUUGGCUGGCUCGGUCAUCAGUUCUGUCCUAUCGGACAGCCAGUCCCUGGUCCAAUCAGCCGUCAAGACCUCAUUCCCAGAAGUGGGGGCGCCAGCCCGUGUCCAUCACAGCACCAAGAACCUGGUGGUGAAAACGCAUGUUGAGCGGUGGAAGGGGAGGAAGAGUAAGAGGAGCUCCCGGCUUCAAGAGGCCAGCCAACUGCAAUUGAACACCUCUCGCUCUGAAGGUGAUGACGAUGACAGCGAUGGCGCCAUCAACUUCGAGAUCAGUGACAACGGGGACAACUACGCCACGAAGCUCAUCACUCAGUUCGGUGGCAAGGAGGUGGACACAAGCUCCUGCUUGGCCUUUGCACCCAAAACUCGCCGGGGAAGCAACAACAAGGUGAUACAGCGAGACUGGCAAGUAGAGCAGGCGGAUCAGUUCAUCCAGUUGGAGCCAUGGGCGGUCCCUUGCGACAACUCUUGGAUGACGGACAACCCCGAGAAGUGGGAAGGGUACUCCUUCUACACCUGGGAGUCUGCCAUCGAGAAGUGUGUCACUGUUGGCUAUUCCAUGAGCACGCAGCCCGUCCUCGCCUUCGUGGGCGGUUUGGAGUUUGACCUUCUGCCGGCUCCUUUGGCAGACCUGGAGACUACGGUCUGUUGGCCCGACAAGCAGCCAAGCGGAGUGGAUCUUAGCGUCUUGGGGGACGAUGAGACGCUGGGGAACCUAGGCGUCUUGCGGACCGUCAUCAAGUCCUCCGGUGUGCAGCUCUUCAGUCGCACCAUGCGCCUCACGAAGCGCUUUGGCACGGGCACGGACUUCACGGACGCCAACACCUACUCGGCCCACGAAACCUGGAGAAAUCCUUUGGGGAAGGCCACGGGCACCCACGGCUCCGAGGACGACCGGUCAUUGGAGCCCAUGGACCGCACUGUGCAAGCCGCACAGCUGGCGCAGGAAGGCACAGAAGAGUCUGCAUCUGCGGCAGAGAGAGACUUCAGCAACUUCAGGUGGUCCGAGGACGACCUGCAGGUGGCUUCGAUGCUCUAUGACAGCUACCUGAGCAUGAAUGUGUCGGAGCACCUCCACGAUGCCAAGGCCAGAGAACAUUUGGACCUGAUGCAGACGAAUGGGGACUUCGAGCUCUUCAGCUUCAAAAAUCCCGGGCUGGUCUCCUUCAACAUCAAGGGCGUCUUGACAGCCGCUGAUGAUUUGCAGCUGCUCAUGCAAGUCAGCUUCGGCCCUUUCACCUCGCCGCUGAAGCGCGUCACCUUGGUGAACAUCGUGGAUCAGUUUCUGGGCUCUUGUUAA